AUGGGGCCGGCGCUGGCGGCGUGGCUGGCCCUGAGCCUGCUGGGGGGGACGGGGGCCGAGGAGAUGUGUGGGGACCCCCCCGCCGCCCGGUCCCACUCCGUCUCCGCGCCCCAGCUCAGCCCCGAGGAGCAGCUCUCGCCCCACAUGCCCGAGUCCCUGCGCUGUGACGCCUGCAGAGCCAUCGCCUUCCAGAUUGAGGAGCAGCUGAGCAGAGCAGAGGGGAAGGUGGGCAGGAAGGUACUGAAGGAGUCUGACUACAUGGAGGUGCUGGAGAGGAGCUGCUCACAGGGCUGGGAGAGUUAUGGGGUGCAGGAGCUGGACGGGCAGAAGCGCCUGGCGGGGCCGGGGCUGCCCAGUCGGGAGCCCGUGAGCGUGAUGGUGUCGGGGGGACCGUGGCCGGGCAGGCUCUCCAAGAUGUGCCACGGCUACGUGGGCGAGCAGGGGGAGGCGCAGAUCUACGAGAGCCACCGGCGGGGCCCGGCGGCGCUGCGGGAGCUGCUGUGCCACGGGGCCAAGGGGCCCUGCGGCGGCGGCAAGGCCGGGGCGCCCGCCCCCCCCAAGGCGCUGCAGAACGAGCUGUAGCCCCGGCGCGGUUAAUGCUUAAUGCCCCGGCGACCUUCGGAGCCGACUUCGUCCCCGGCAGGAGCCGACACGUGCUGGGC